CUGGAGAUGGAAGUUGCCUCAGGAUUUAAUUCUCCGCAUCCCCGGUACUUAACUCUCUCCAACACUUUGACUCUGUGCACCUCUUCGGACAGCCCUCCUCCUCCUCCUCCUCCUCCUCCUCCACCUCCUCCACCUCCUCCUCCUCCACCGUGUGAGACUCUCGAGGGCUUCUCGACACCGGCCUGCCCCCACUCGUCCCGUGUCCCCUGGCGGUGCAGGGCGCAGGGGCAGGGCUCUCCAGGACGCGGAUACUGUGCGUCAAAUAUCAGCGAGACGCGACUCUCCGACUUUGGGUCACAUAAAGAGCAAUUCCACGUCUACUCUCACAAUGGCCCCGAGAUUCACGUCGCCGUGGGGAGUUCAGCCGGCUCGGACUGUAACGUGGCUGAUGUGGAUGAAAGGAGUAAAACUUUUGAGUGGAUGAGAGUGAAGAGGAGUCAACACCGGGCGGCCAGGACGCACAUGACCUGUGGGUUCAGUAUUGUUGGCUCGGGAGUCGGUGCUGUGGAGGCUGGAGGAGGCAGCAGCAGCAGCAGCAGCAGCGGCGGCGGCGGCGGCAGCAGCAGCAGCAGCAGCAGCAGCAUCUGCCCGGAUGGCCAUCCCACGGUGAACGGGGCCCCGAGGACCAGCUUCAGCACUAAACAGCUGACCGAGCUGGAGAAGGAGUUCCACUUCAACAAGUACCUGACGCGGGCCAGGCGGGUGGAGGUCGCCAGCGCCCUGCAGCUCAGCGAGACGCAGGUGAAAGUUUGGUUUCAGAACAGACGCAUGAAGCAGAAGAAAUUACAUAGAGACGGGCUGCUCUGCGACCCGGGGCCCGCGGCUCCGCACUCGCACGCCGACACUGUGGACACCUGCCCCUCUCCUGGACCGAGCUCGCCAAAACACCUGCCCCUGAACUCGUGAGCCGCUGGGAGCUGCGUCAUGCCUUAUGCAGCGAGGGCGCCAGCCUGCUGAUGUUUUGAUUCGCGUUUGCAUCGCUUUCAAUCAGGCAUCACCUUUAUUUGCUUACCACGAUGGAUGCUUAUUGCAAGAAGCGCAAUGGCAAGUUUCUUCAUGCAAGAACGGGUCAAAACAAUUUGUCAUCCUACCCGGCUUCAGACUGGCGCUCUGAUUUGAAUAUUAAAAUUCAAGUCAUUGCAUUGCGCUCCUAUCUACACAGUGCAAACGAAGAUACAAAGAUAUAUUAAUUGCCCAUAGAAAUGGUGGCAGACUAUUUGUUUAUUUAUUUUGUACAAUUUAUUCAGGAACAGACUUCACUCGAAUAUAUUUAUUCAACAGGACCACGCGCUUCCUUGCUUCUUUUAAAAUAACACAAGUGAAUUAUUUUUAUUUAUUCAAGGUCUACAUUUGAUUAUAUUUAUUCUAUCGACACAGAAAGACAAUAGCUACAUUUAUUGCAGGUUUUUACAAAUGAUUCCACCAACCCACACUGCUGCUUCCUCACUAAGCUUCAGUUCAGCAUUGUGGAGGCUUCUUCGCCUAUUUCUUUAAAACGCUGUUUGUCUCUGACACUCAGACGCACCUGUUGUAGACAAAGCUCAUCUUUUAACGCGAUGCGUUAGCGGAUAAUUAUCAGGCUAAUUUAGCAGAGCUUCAGUGCUGCUUUAACGCUGUCUAUAUUUUGUCCUGUAUUCAGGUUUUCACGAUCCUCAGCACACGGAAAGAUUAAAAUGCAGUAAUUGACUGAUAGAUUUAUUGACCGCUCGUUUUAAGAGUAUUGAUCCGUGGUGAUCCAUCUAUUUGAUGCACAAAUCUGGGAGCAUUUGCAUGCAUCUGUAACUGCAUGUUAAUGGAAUGUAGAAAUAUGACGAGCGGGAGUUGUUGCGUCUUUUAUUACCACUGUACAUGCAUCAGAAAAUGAUAAUUUAGCUUGAACACUCAUGCGGGAGAGCAGACAAUAAAACGCUGUCUGUGCUGUUUUGCAGAUCAACCAAUAAAUUGUGUGGCUCCAGCAGCUAAAUAUUCCUUCCAGAUUCACAGCUCAUCUCAGAGACAGUAAAUGAUUAUAAACUCGGCCCUUAAACACUGUUAUGUUCCCGGCAUCACAAUGCAUUUCUAUCAUGUUAAUGUCUGUUUUAAUAUCAAGAUAUGGUCCAUCAGCCACAUUAAUUUUAUGUUGGGGAAUAUUUUUGUUUAGCUUUCAAUUAGCAGCGUGUGCACUGGAGAUGAAGGUAGC